ACGCGACUCUGCGAGUCCCACACGACGUCAUGGCGCGGGUCCGCGCAGGCGAAAAUGAUGCAAAAAAGCGACGAGGCAGGCCGCCUGGAAGCAGCAACAGCAAAGCUUCCACAAGCCGGGUCGCAAAGCCCAAAACAACUGUGAAGGGUAGCACGAAGAAGAAGACAGGGACAAAAUCGCAGGAGCAUCAAGAGGAUGAGCUCUCCGUAGCUCCGCCAACGCAAACGCGGUCCUCCCAAACACGCAAGCGCAGGAUCCAUGACGACGCAGACGAGAUCGCCGCAGAGCCUACGAAAAACCCGAAGAAAUACGUGCAGCUGGAAACAAAGACUAAGAGGAUACCACAAAAUGUCAUUGAAACAUGGCCACUGCUGUCCCCGCAGGUUUUGGAGCAGAUGAGCACCGUUGUGAAAGAUGCAAAGAAAGACAUUGCAAACACGCAGCGAGAUGAGCGCAAGGUCAUGGCUGCACACAACAGUCUAAACCCGCUUGUCAAGAAACUUGUGCACCAUCUCGCAGCCUCAAAGAUCCCACCUCAGGCCAGAGACUAUCACUUCAGCAUCGACAAGCUCACGGAGCGCAACGGACAGCUCUUUCGGGAAGUUACCACAGCCCGUCACUCCAAGCAACUCCUUCAAGAACAGGUCAAAGUGGCGCAGAAGCUUUUAUCAAAAGACGAAAGGCAACUAGAUGAGCUCAAGAACGAUGCAAAAGAGUGGAGAACAGAGUGGAAGCACCAGCGAAAGCAUGGCCGGAACCACCCCCUCCUGCUCGAUAGUGGGGACCUGAGCAUUGAUGAUGAUGGCCCCGAGGACAUUCGGUUGAGACCAGCAGCUGUAGUAGGUAUUCCUACACUCAAUGCACCGAACGCUGAGUUGGCGUCGAUACUCGAUCAACUCCGGCGCAGUUUAGAGAACAUGCAGGGGAAUCAUGUGCAGGUAGAGGGCAUUGAUCAGGCAAUGGCAGAUACGCAGACGGCGUUAGACGACGUGCUUUUCAGACAUGCCAGUGCAGAGCAGUAUGCCAUGCUGUGAACUACUGGCAUGCAGGUGCACAGGAGUUCGGAUAGGUGUUUAUGCUUUCAAGCAGUGGCUGUAUGCGGGCAGCAAUGCGGUGAGCAAGGAAGAGGUCUGUUCGCUGGAUUGGACAAUGCGUCGGCAUGAUUGGCGCAUUCGCCCAACAAUCAACAGGACAGGGGCCAGGGACGGUCCGCGACCACCUAUGCGGCGGGCAAGAUUAUCACAAAGCCAGCUGCGCGCCACUUGCAGUAACGGAGAUACCGAUGUGAUGGCCAUAGGACGUAGCGCAUGCACGUUGAUGCAAGUGUAGGCAUCGUCC